UACGAAAAUAUGAGAAAUUCCGUGCUUUUCGAGCUUAUGUUUUUAAAUAUAUAAGUACAUACUUCAGUAAAAUAGUGUUUUAUUAUGAAUGUUUUGCUUCGUAUGAUUUUCUUAAAUCAUAAUAAUUAUAGUCAAUUUAUACUAGGACAGUGUGGGCUGAUUGUGAGUUUUAAGACAAUGUGGAGUUUUACUUUGUUUACGUCAUUUCGUGCUUUGACUUAUUACUAAGUUAUUAGUUAUUUUUUAAUUAUUGAUUGUUGAAAGAGGAAAUUCCAAUUCUAGAUCGGAGUGGCAUUGCUUUUGCUUUUUGGUUUUGAGGUAGCAAGUUUGUUUGUUACAUACAGGUUACGGUCAUUUUACUCAUUUAUAGCAGAUGUCGGUUUUAUAUGCCGUAAUGUCUGUCAGGCGUGCUCCUCCUCUUACCACUACCAGGCAAUCGGAAUAGUGUGUACUGUGGACUUGUUAGUUGAGUAGAACAAGUUACAAGAUGGUGCAAAACAUUCGACAACGUUCUAUUCAUCCAAACUCAAAAGACAAUGGGACACCUGUUUUGGAGGAGAAGCCGUCCCUAAACGACGACCUGCCUUCGAAAGUCGACAUCCAUGAAGAAAAGCGGACACUGGGAAAGCCAGCCAACGUGUGUUCCCGCAUGCUGUACUGGGGAACGUUAUUGGCGCAGUUUAUUAUAACAUCUGUGUCCCUUACAUUUUUAUACUCCAAUACUUACUUUUUUCCCGUUAUGGGCCCUCGAGGGGAUAUAAGCUUGAAAGGACUAUUACACCUCAUCGUAUUUUGCGCAUCUUCCGUCCUUACACAGUACAAUUUCCUUAUGGCCAUCUUCAUUGGACCAGGUUAUGUUCCUGAAAGAUGGCAACCGGAAAAGGAGAAACACAAUGCGCUCCUUCAGUACUGCAAAGUUUGUCUAGGUUUCAAAGCACCGCGCGCUCAUCACUGCAGGACAUGCGGCCGUUGCGUACUGAAAAUGGAACAUCACUGCCCUUGGAUUAACAAUUGUGUUGGGCACAAGAAUCAUGCAUAUUUUCUUCGAUUUCUUUUUUUCGCCGUGGUUGGAUGUGCACACGCCGCAUUCGUAUUUCUCCUGAUUUUCCUUCGAUUAUUUACAAUUAGUUAUUCGGAAAUGCACUUUGGCGGCCGUGCUCGGCAAAGUAGCAAUUUACUGGUUCAUUCCUACCAUAAACUCAUGUAUUUCCAACCACCGCCAGCGUUUUUUAACAUCUGGGGUCUGCUAUGGUUGGUGUUGAUGAUUGGAUUUGCCGUCGGCGUGACCAUUGCCGUUGGUCUGCUGUGUAUCGUCCAGUUGAAGAUCAUCUUUCGCAACGAAACAUCCAUUGAACGAUGGAUUAUAACAAAAGCCAAUCAUUACCUACGGGAGGAAGCGCAGGGCGCGGGUAAGCCGGUGGCCUUGUUCCGGAAUCCAUAUGACCUAGGCUGGAAAGAAAACUUCCGGCAGGUCAUCGGGAACGGUUCCCGUAACCCGCAGGGCGACGGAAUCUGGUGGGCGGUGCAUGAUAGCUGUGACCAAUUUACGCUUACAUCCGAACAACUUCGUCAAAAGCAGUUUAAACGUGAUGCUAGCGUGGUAUAUGAGGUCCGUGAAAGUUACAAUGGAGCGCGAUUUCCUUUGUUUAGUCAAGGAUUUGGAGUAUGCAUCGCCUUCCCAUGGGCACUGGAUGAACCCCGGAUUGCUGUGCAAUCCGGUGAUAGAAUCCGAGUUACCUUUGGGAAGAAUAAAUGGCUUUAUGGUGAGUUACUGGGUCAAAUUCAGGCUGACCGGAAGUUGGACCCGUCUGGAGAUUCCCAUAAAGAGCGAAAGGGCUGGUUUCCUCGCAGAGUAGCUGUGCCUUUGCAGUCAGAGUCAUCGAGCUUUCUAUAAUCUUGGACCCUUUGUGAAUUUAUAAGGCUUCCGAAUAAGAGUGUUGUGUGAUCAUAAGAUUUAUUUUAAGCAUCCGGUUACGUGACAGCAUUGUUCUGUGGUUUGAAAUUGUUUGAAACUUUGGAUACAGUUCUCAUGGCUUCAACUUUUAGAUCGUCCAUGCUUAAUGACUUUUAAACUCGGCUCUAGUUUGUAAUAAAAAAAUCAAUGGCGGUUCGAAAAUCUACUAGA